GGAAGCCGCUAUGUCUGUGCAAAACCCGCUUCAGGUGGUGAACAUCCCCUGGAGGAACAACAACUUGAGCCUGAUGAGCCGCGACCCGCUGCUGUCCGAUCAGGGAGAGACGAUCAUCGGCGUCUACCUGCUCAUUCUGGGUUGGUUGUCGUGGUUUGGCAACAGCAUCGUGAUCUUCGUUCUGUUCAAGCAGAGAUCGUCUCUCCAGCCCACCGACUAUCUGACACUCAACCUCGCCGUUUCUGACGCCAGCAUCUCCGUGUUCGGAUAUUCCCGAGGAAUCCUUGAGAUCUUCAACGUCUUCAGGGAUAACGGCUACCUCAUCACCUCUGUGUGGACGUGCCAGUGUGGACGGUGUGAAAGGGUUAAUUGCGUGUUCUGGUCAGAUCAUGGAUACGGCACCUGUGAGAUCGACUGGGUCAAAGCCAACUACUCCAGCAUCCACAAGUCCUUCAUCAUCUCCAUCCUCAUCUUCUGCUUCUUCAUCCCCGUGCUGAUCAUGCUGUUCUCGUACGUCUCCAUCAUCAACACGGUGAAGCGAGGAAACCUGAGAGAGUCAGCUGAGAGAGAUGUGACCGACAGACAGCGCAAGAUCGAGAGAGACGUCACCGUCGUGUCUGUAGUGAUCUGCACGGCGUUCAUCCUGGCCUGGUCUCCGUACACGGUCGUGUCCAUGUGGUCAGCGUGGGGUUUCCACGUGCCGAGUCUCACCAGCAUCUUCACGCGGCUCUUCGGAGAGGCCAAAGACGCCGUCAAGCUCAAGCGCUUCAAGAAGAUCAAGGCCAAGGCGGACAGAGCCGAGGAGAACCGCCAAUUACACAAGAACCAGAAAAACCCCCCUCCGGUGUUCUUCAUCGACACGCCUGAGUCCCAGUGCAUCAGACUGUAG